AUGUUUCUCUACAUUCCUAUAUUCCUCUUUACUUAUUAUACAUCCGUACUCUUAACACUAGAAACGAACAAGAAUCGUAAAUACAACUUCAUAAACAACUCCUCUAAUACAAAGCACACAACUAAAGUGCGUGCCACGGGAAGGAGAACUGGAGGUAAAAUUAUAGGACAUGGCCAUUCUUAUCCUUCAAACGAGAUUCACAAUGAUGAGUUAAAAAAAUUUGUUGAUACAAAUGACGAAUGGAUUAAAACCAGAACUGGAAUUAAGAAAAGAAGAAUUCUAAAACGAAAUGAAAAUAUAUCAAUGUUACAAAUAGAAAGCGCCACCCAAGCUCUUAAAAGUUGUUCGAUGGACCCGUUAAACAUAGACAUGAUUAUCAAUGCAUCUUCCACACCACAGAAUUUAUUUGGUGAUGCAAGCAACAUUAGUAAGAACCUUGGGUGUAAAUAUAGUGUUAACAUGGACUUAACAGCUGCAUGCACAGGAUUUGUUUUUGCCUUUGCUACAGCGUAUAACUUUUUACCGAAAUACAGGAAUAUUCUCAUUGUGGGUAGCGAUGCGUUAAGCAAUUUUGUCGAUUGGAGGGAUCGAAACACUUGUAUUUUAUUUGGAGAUGCCGCAGGAGCCGUAAUAUUACAAAGGACAGAACCAAAUGAAGAAAAUAAAAUAUUUGAUUAUUACCUUGGGUCCAAUAGUGAAUUAAACGAUUUGUUAACAAUAAAUUUCGAAUGCGAUAAAUACAAUUUAGAAAACCCGAACACAAACAAAUAUGGAAAAUUGAAUAUGAAUGGGAAAGAAGUGUUUAAAUACACCAUAAGUAAUUUACCAAAAAUUUUACAAAAUGCCACACAAGAUGCUAAUAUAAAAAUUGAAGAUAUUGAUUACUUUAUAUUUCAUCAAGCUAAUAUAAGAAUUAUAGAAACUGUUGCAAAAUAUUUGGAUAUACCCUUAUCAAAGGUUUUGGUUAAUCUGGAUGAAUAUGCAAACACAUCUGCAGCUUCCAUCCCCUUAUGCUUAUCGGAAAAUAUAUAUAAAGGUAAAAUCAAAAGGGGUGACGUCAUAUGUAUGUGUGGUUUUGGAGCAGGGAUGUCAUACGGAUGCAUCAUUUUUAAAUAUUAA